AUGGGAAAUUUCUUGACGCUUAUUAUUAAAGAUAGACACUACGCAUUUAAAUUUAAAACUGCCUUGGAACUAGUCACCAUUCAUUCAGUAGAAGAAGUUGAUGUAAACAGGUGGACAUUAAUUUCACUUGGAUAUCAAAAUGGCAAAGGUUUUCUUAAAGUUGGAAAUUCACAAAAAAUUAUCCGAAAAACGGAUAAUAAUACUAUGCAUUUGGGUUGGUAUUUGUACAUUGGUGGCUAUGACAGCCGCUUUAAUUUGAGUACGAAAGUAGGAGCCAACAGUGGUUUUGAUGGUUGCAUUUCAAACUUGGAAAUAUUAUCCGAAAAGAUUGACAUGAUUAAUAGCAUAAAGGACAGUGCUAAUGUGCAAAACUGUGAAUAUGAUGGUCCUGAAGUGUCUUUGGUUACACGACCACGUUGCGCACCUGGAUUGAUUGGGAUCUAUCCGAAUUGCUAUCAACCAACACCACCAACAACGACUGAAUUUUCCUCAACAGCAACAAACCCGAAUAUUCGAUGCAACGAACAUGAAUGGCGGUGUGAUAAUGGAAAUUGUAUUAAUGCAGAAUUCCUUUGCGAUGGACAUUUCCCAGAUUGUAUAGACAGUUCAGAUGAAGAUCCAAAAAAUUGUAGGGCAAAAAACCAGAUAAAAGCGAUAUCGAAUGUAGAUGCACUUCAUUCAAUUGAUGUAAAACCGCUCGACGACUUGUACUCGAUUGUCCAAGGUUCCAACUUCAGUUUGGAUUGUGAAGCGUCUGGUUAUCCAUAUCCGAAAAUUACAUGGAGAAAGACGAACGAAGGCUCUCUCGGUUCAAAUGUACAGCAAAUCGGAAACUCUUUAAUGAUUUCCAAUGCUCAGCCAGAAAAUCAUGGUACUUAUCAAUGUAUAGCCACUUCGAAUAAAAAAACCGCUGACAGAAGCACUGUUAUCCACAUCGAACCACGAACGAUAACUGAUAGAAAUAUACUGAAGCUGGAAUGCUCUGUAGAAGUUUCGCCAUCGAUGACUGUGCAAUCGAAGCGACAAAAUCGAAAUGGCGGCGGUAAAAAUGUUAUAGUGCCAGAUGCAGUUGUUGAAAUAAAUAAAGAUGAUCGUAGUGAUGAAGGGAAAAAGUACAUUUGCUAUGCUAGGAAUGAAGCAGCUCCCAGCGAAAAAUUUACUGACGCUGCUGUACAAACAAAAUAUAGGGCUUAUGCGUGCAAGAAAUUUCCAGAAAUUAAAACUAAAUUGGAACCUCGUAUAAUCGACGGUAAUAUCGUUGCACAAGGGAGUUUCCCGUGGAUGGCCGGCAUAUAUUACAGUGACACAUUGAAUUUAAAUUUUGGAUGUGGUGGCACUAUAAUAUCAGAUCGCUAUAUAUUGACGGCUGCACAUUGCGUGACAGAUAGGCGGCCACCAGUGAUAGUGCGACUGGGAAAAGUAAAUUUAACCGAUACUAUAUCUGAUGCUGUUCAGGCCGUACACUAUAAUAUAAAAAGUUUCACGCGUCAUCCAAAUUAUAACAGUUCCACGAAAAAGAACGAUAUCGGAUUGAUUAGACUGUCAACCGAGAUUUCAUUUACCGAUGAUAUUAGACCAGCGUGCUUGUACACCGAUAGAGCUGAUUUGGAUACAAAUAGGAAAGUAAUUGUGAUCGGCUGGGGCAAUACAGAUCCUGCUAGAACGUCUCUGUCAAACGAGUUACGCAAAAUUGAGAUUAAUACAAAGCCUUUAAAUGAAUGCAGCAAUAUCUAUUUGAACCAUACUACAUUCAAAGAUGAUCCAGCAUUUAGAGAUGGCCUUAGUCCUGGGCAAUAUUGUGCAUUCGAUGCAGAAGAAAAUAAGAAUAGAUCAAAAGAUAGUUGUCAAGGUGAUAGCGGAGGAUCGCUACAAAAAAUGUCAAAUAAUGAUCCAAACACUGUCGAAAUAGUUGCAAUUGUUAGUUUUGGUCAUGGUUGCGCGUUGGAAUUGCCUAGUAUUUAUACUAGUGUUGCCCAUUAUAUCGAUUGGAUUACGCCUAUUGUUUGGCCACAAAAUUAA